CGAGCCAUCGCGCAGUCGUCGACGGCCGCGCCCGCUGCUCCUCCGCCGAGAGAAGCCAGCGCCCGCCGCACCGCCGCCGCUGUCGCAACGGACGCCCGAGUGCUAUCGCGGCCAGCCACCUCGCACAUCCGCCGGCCGGCGCGACAGCGUCUCGCUCGCACGCCGCGUGUUCGGCGCCCGCGCCCGUGUCCGCGUCCCGGCCGGUCAGUCGGCACCGAGGCGGCGCAGGGAGUGUGCUGUGCGCGGCGCCGGCUCCGCCGCGGAGCCAUGUACGAGAUGCCCGCCCAGGAGGUGCCGUUCGACCCGAGCACGCUGGGCCAGCUGAGCCAGUUCUACCAGCUGAUGCCGGGCGUGCUGCCGUACCAGCAAAUGGUGCAGACGGCGCAGAUGGCGGCCCCAUACCAGCUGCCGUCGCAGAACGGCGAGCCGACGGCCGUCAAGGCAGCCGACCUGACCAAGGAGGGCGGCGCGCUCUCGCCGCCGGUGGUGACCUCGCUGGCCGCCGCCGCCGCCGCUGCCGCCGCCGGCGCCCAGCAGAACGGCGUGGAGCCGCCAGCCGCCGCCAAUGCGCCGGCCGAGGGAGGAGCUGAGCCGUCAGGCAGCGCGGCCGAAGGCGAGGGCGCCGCUCAGCCGGCCGCCGCCGCCACCGCCGCCACGCCGCCCGCCAGCAAGGAACAGCCCAAGCGGCUGCACGUCAGCAACAUACCGUUCCGGUUCCGCGACCCCGACCUACGCGCUAUGUUCGGGCAAUUUGGUCCGAUCCUGGACGUGGAGAUUAUUUUUAACGAGCGAGGCUCCAAGGGGUUUGGGUUUGUGACGUUCGCCGGUAGUCAGGACGCUGACCGCGCCAGAGACAAACUCCACGGACAAGUGGUAGAGGGCAGGAAAAUUGAGGUCAACAAUGCCACGGCCCGCAUCCAGACCAAGAAGCCGGCCGCCGCCUCCACGCUGCCCAACGCGGCCGCCCUGCGCGGCGCGGCGCUGCAGCGGGGCCGCGUCCGGGCGCUGCCGGCCGCCGCCGCCGCGCCGUUCGCGCGCCACCCGACG